AUGCCUUUAAUGUUCCUCCACUACACCGAGGGCGCCUUCACCAAGUCCGCCCUCGACUCAGUCGCCCAACGCCUCAUGUACGAUAGCGAAGAGCUCGAAAAGAUCCCCGCCACCCCCUUCAACCUCUCCACCAACUGGAUCUACACGCACGAAUAUCCAACGUCCGCCAUGUACCACAGCGGGCGCACCGGUGGGGGCAGGCACUUCAUCACGUUGGAGAUUAAUGUCAUCACUGGCGGGUACAGUGCCACGACCAAGACGGAGUUCAUUAAGAGGGCGACGGACGCGAUUGCGGAGUUUGGGAAGUUGCCGGAGGGGGAGCCGAGGAGGGUGUAUGUCGUUAUGCGGGAGGUGGCGGAGGCGAAUUGGGGGUUUGAUGGGAAGACGAUCAAUUUGGAGGAGUUGAGGGGGUCGACUGAUGAGAGUAUUAAGCCGUUGUGA